CUUCUCCUCCCUGCCUUUCUUGCCUCUUCUCCCGGCGCCUCCCCUUCCCCUUCCUGCCUCUCGCCGCCCGCCCCCGUGACACGGGCAACCCCACAUCAGGACAUAGGCACGCGCUCGCACGUCUCCACGCGCGCGGCCCCCUCCCCCUCCCCCCAGCGCCAUGGCCACCCCCGAGGACCAGCUUGGCGGCAAGUGCCCCUAUGAGCUGCUCGACAUCCCCUUCGACCUGCCGCAGGAUCGCCUGACGGUGGCGUACCGUCGCCGAGCACUUAUCUUGCAUCCGGACAAGAACCUCGACGACCCGGAGGCCGCCACCAAGUUCCACGCGCUAUCAGUCGCGUACGCCAUCCUCAACGAUCCGACCAAGCGAGCGGAGUAUGAUCAAAAAAUGCGCGCUCGUCGGGAGGCCGAGCUCCGGCGCCAAGCCCAGGACUCCUCGCGUCGGAAGAUGAUCGACGACCUCGCCCGCCGCGAGCAGGAGGCCAAGGAGAUGCGCCAGUCCUCCGACCGCCGUGCGGCCUAUCAACACCAGGCCAACCGGGCUCGGUCAGAUCGCGACAAGGACCGCAGGUCCGCCACCCCAGGAUCGGGGGCUGGCUUUGCCUCUCCAACUUACCGGGCCAGCCGCGAAUCGGGCGACGACGACUCGCCCAUGCGCGCGGCCAGCAGUACCUCGUCGCUUUUUGUCUCGGAGUCCGAGUCGAUCGCUGAGUCGCUGGCCGAGCGCGCACGCGCCACGGCCGCCAUGCAGAUCGAUGAGGCGGACCGCACCCUGCGGGUGUCCUGGUCAGUUGGGGCUGCCUCACUUGAUGGGGCGCAUGUCUCAGUGUCAUCCAUGACGCAGCGCCUGUUGUCGCUCUUUGCCCCUGCCGCGAGGUCUGUCUCCAAGGUGGACUUCGAGUCGCGCAGUGCGCACAUCACCUUCCGCCGAGUAGGCGAGGCGAAUGCCGCUCUGAAGACCACCCCGCCGCAUGGCCUGCGCCUUGCGUGGUCGCGCGGGGUGGCCCCCGCGAUUGUGGCCCGCGCUGAGGGGCUUACAGCCACGGCGCACUCUCGCCCGACCCGGCGACCUGGCUCGGACGCCGCCAGCGCCCCCGGCUCCGACCCUGCUUCAGAUUUUUCCUCGGCCGAGCGUCCGCUCUUCGCCCCUCGGCCCGGUUUCCCUGCCUCGGUUCUCCUCCAGCCUCCGGCCGGGCUAACGGCCGACGAGUUGUUUGUCUCGGCCGAUGGGCAAACCUCUCCCGGGGGGGGGCCCACCGGUGAGGAGGGCCCCGUUGCGGCCCUCGCACGUCGGGAAGCCUCCCUCCUCGCCCGGCUCUCGGCCGCCGAGUGAUGGGUCGGCUCUCGGUUACAUGCCACAAAUACAGUUUAGCGAA